CAGCGUACUUCCCGACCUUUGAACUUUUGGUAACACUGAAAGGGCAUGGAACCCAGAAAUUGCGCUUUGUCGUUUGAGAAACUUGCUGAAAUCAGGCCACUGCGAUCGGAAACUCAGUCGAGAUGAAUGACCAGGCGGAUCCCGCUCUUCAGUUCUUUCCGGAUGGCAAGGUCGACUUGUACGGUGUUCUCGGCGUCGCUGCGGGCGCUUCGGCAGAAGAGCUUAAGAAAGCAUACAGAAAGCUAGCCCUACGUUUUCACCCGGACAAGGUGCUCUCCCUUUCGUCCUCCAGCAAUGCUGCUGCUUCCUCCUCGAACAGUGCGCCGACGACGGCCGAGGAAGCAUCUAGAAAAUUUCAGCAGCUCGGAUUCGCAUAUGCCGUCUUGUCCAGUCCGGCCCGUCGCUCUCGGUACGACCAGACGGGCAGGACAGACGAGAGCCUCUUUGCUGGCAUGGGCGAUGACGGGGCCUUUGACUGGAACGAGUACUUCAAGGAGAUGUGGACCGGGCAAGUUUCUGGAAAGGCACUUGAAGAGUUCAAGAAGAAAUACCAAGGCUCGGACGAAGAAAAAGCCGACUUGUACUCUGCCUAUAACGAUGCAGCUGGCUCACUGGAAGCAAUUUUCACGCUCGUACCAUGCUCCGAGAUCCUUUCGGACGAGGAGCGCUUCGUCAAGCUAGUCGAGGCAGCCAUCAACGUGGGCGAACUGAAACGCCUGCCGAGUUGGGAUGCGGAGGUGAAGGACAAGAAGAAGCGGAGAGCGCUGCGCGAGAAGGCUAGGAAGGAGGCUAGCGAAGCUGAGCGGUAUGCGAGGGAGCUGGGCGUAUGGGACGACUUGUUCGGCAAGGGCGCCAAGGGCGGAGCGAAUGGUAAAGGCGCCAAAGUCUCAGAUGCGGAUGCAGACGAGGAUGAAGAGGGCGAGAGAGAAGGGCAUGAAGAGGGCGACGAGGAUGGUGAGCAAGCUUCAAACCCGAAGACAAAUUUGAAGGGCAAGAACAAGGCGAAAAGCAAAGGCAAGAAUGCUAGUAGCCAAGCAAAUGGCGCAGCUGAAGGAGACGACGGCAUUGCAGGCCUAGCUGCGCUCAUUCGCAACCGACAGGCAUCGCGCCAGAAUGGUCUGGACAACUUAAUCGCCCGAAUGGAAGCAGAUGUGGCGCAAGGGAAGUCCGGCAAGCGUGGCAACAAGAAAGCGAGUUCGGACAGCGCAAAAGGGAGCAAUAAUGCGUUACCGACGGAUAAGGAGUUCGAGGCGCUGCAAAGCAAGAUGUUUGGCAAUAAGAACGGAAGCGAGGGCUCGAGUGGCCAGAAGAGAAAAGCGGCAGGCUCAUCUGGCAGCAAGAAGAGGAGCAAAUAGCAGCCGUUUCAGCGAUCGAGCACUCAGGCUUGGAGACGAGGGACAAAGUUAAAUUACAACUGCAUAUCUAGUUAGCCAUUCUUGUACAAAUACACACAUUCAUCAUUCGUCCUC